AUGAGCGUCACUUCAUCCUCCACCCUGGACAGCCAGCUGACCUCUUCCUGGGGACCCAGUAACUCCUACCCUGAUGGUGAGACUUACAACCCACAUGAACAUGCCGCCAUUUGUGUGCCUUCCAACCAUUUGUGUACACCCAUUACUGAUGCAAAUCAGUCCCUAAAUUAUCCGUAUAAUAUCCUUAAAUGCCUUGAGAAAAUCUGAUAAUUUCUUCGAGUGAAUUAUGCUGAUUGCCCUCGAUUCAGUGAUCCACUUCUUGUUAUGAAACUGCAACACGAGAUGAAAUUAUUGAAUAAUUAAGAGCUGAUGAAUUGUUCACCUGGUGAGCCCAGAGAUCUGAAACAAACAGCACAAAUUAUAGAUUCCCAGCUGAGGAGUAGCUCAACAUCCCUUUUAGCUAACUGCUUCAGCAAUUAAUCACUGGCAAAGACCUUCAGCUAGAGGAAAUCAUGUUUCCCUCCUCUGAUGCCGAUUAACAUUCAGGCUUAAUGAGUUUCCAAAAGUAGGCAAGGUUUCAUUCCCUGAACUUGCUGUCUGUCCACAGUUUCUAUGGUCAUGUCUGGUUAUACAAGUCGCCUGUGGCCUCGUGACUCUCAGCCUCAGUUCUGGACUAAGUUCCAGGUGUGGGAGUGGCUGCAGCAGGUCAUGGACAUGCACCAGAUUGAUGCCUCGAAUUUCCCCUUCCAAAACUUUGACAUUGAUGGCCAUCAGCUCUGCAGCCUGAGCUACCAGGACUUCAUCCGAGCUGCGGGCAGCGCGGGACACAUCCUCUUCCACAGCAUCACAGAGCUCAAGUGGGGCGGUGGGUAUGAAAGUCAGGAGGGGGCAGAGGAAGGGGAGGAAAGUCAGAUUAUUAGUUCUGAUGAAAAGCUGAGUUGGGUCUCAAAAGAUGUCUCGCACAAGUGUUUCUAGGAAAGAUUCAGAGAGCCGGUCAGGGGUCACCCUGCAGGAGGGAGAGAGACUGUAUAAAGUGAGGGAGAUGAUGGAUUUGUUGUUUGCUUUGUGCCGGAGUGAGCCCCUUAACAAAGCACAGAGGAGAUGUGAAGCUGAGCUGAGAAUUGACUCAACUUUGUCUUUUAAUUAGAUUGAGGCUUACUGUGAAGGCACUGGAGUUCAAAGGUCAAAGGCCUCACCGUCCCAUGUUCACUGUAACUUUAAUUUAUGAAACGUUGCUGAGAGGGAAGAACAGCAUAACAAAACUACCCUGUGUUACAGUAUUGGGCAAGUGAUGGCACCUCAGUCUUUCUGACAUUUCAAAACAAGGGAGAUGUCAGGGAACCAGGCACAACAGGUUUAACCUCCAGAGACAUUCAAGGUAAACUAAAAAUAGGGCACAGGGCAGCUAUUGUUCUUGCUGAGAGGCUCAGUGAAAUUUCUGGGUAAAGGUGCUGCAUUUUGCGCAACAAAUAUUUGUUGAACCUUGUGACGUUUCAAGAUAUAAUUACCACAGAGAUCUACGGAAUAGGAUUAGGGCCACUAGAAAAAAAAAGGUCAAAUUUAUAUAAAUCUUUAAUUAUUAUUCUGAGAUUAAAGUCAGAAUCCUGAGAAUUUUUUUUUUCAGUGGCCCUUUUCCUCCUCUGUAGAGAUCAGUUAGACCUCUGAAAGUUUUAGUCAUCCAAAUAAAGGUUAUGGAUUUCCCAACUUACUCCUUAAUCAUAAGUGUAUGUGAAAGUGAAAGUGGACCUUUUAUGUAAAUUAUUAUACAGCAUUGACUUAAUUAUUUUCAAGACACUAACAUUUAACUUUACUUUUCCAUCUCAAUGCCUACACAGGCCAGUACCAUGUGGACAUCGGACAACUGGACCUGAAACCAGAGUGUAAGAAUCUCACAAACAACGUUUCCCAACAUUAGUUUAGAUAAAUCACAUCCUAAGUCAAUCUUUUGACCUUUUUCCUAUUGCAGAUGACUUCUCCUGUCCAUUCCCAGAUGUCAACUAUCCCUCUGGAGGUAUUGUGCAUUUACUGAAUAUAUCACUGCUUAAUUUCUAACUAAGGCUGUCAGCAUUAGCUAUUUAACCUUAGUAUAGUAAAGGUUCAACAUAAACAUGUACUGUUAUACUUCUGUCCCUUAUGGUACACCAUGGUUAGGCCACUGCAGCAUCUCUGCAACAAAUGACAGCAUCACUGUGCUUUUUAAUUUUUUUAACAAAAAAACCCCAGAAAGUCCGCGAUACCGCCAAGUGUGAACUAUGAACUCAGCAUGAGGGUGUAGUUAAUCAAUCACAAAUGCCAGCAGAGUACUACUGUGGACAGUGUAAAUCGCCACAGACCUCUAGAUGGAACUGAAUGAAAGAAGUUGGAUACUUCAUCGAUCCCUAAGUUCAGUUGCUAAGAAGAUGGCAAGGGGCUGUAGCUGAUCAUGUGUUUAACCCUUGAAGGCAAUCUCCAACUUGUGGUUUCAAAACACACUGCUCCAACAGCACAGCAUUAAUUUGAGAAGAUCAUAAAGUACAUUUGAUUGCAUUUACUUGACUCCAAAACCAGGACAGUGAAAAAAAUUGUUUUACAUUGUUAAUAUUCACUCGAAAAAAGUUUUGAAAUGCACAAUAAUGGAAUUUUAACUAUGAUUGGAAAUACAUGUAGUCAUGAUUGACCUUUGAAAUCCUGCAAUUAAUCCUUUGUCUGACUUUAAGAAGAAUGUUCGUUUCUUCUGACUUUUUCUCUGUCAAUUUAGACAUCUAUGAUCCCUCCAUUCACGUCGCACCUGUGGCCUCUCCCACCCCAUCUAGCCCCGGUGAGGAUAAAUACCAAAGAAUAUCAUGACACUAAAUGCUUUUAUGGGGAAACCUAAAAUAACUUAGGAAUCAACUUCCUUUUUCAGAUAUCAAAAGGUCCUUCAGUCGUCCUCAUCAGGUCAAAAAACACAGUAAGUAAAGUGACUGAAAUUUUUUUAUUAUUAUUAUUUAUUUUUUACAAAAUAUACUAAAAGACAUCUUUCCUUUAAUUCAACCUACUUUUGCAUCACAGAUCCAAGAGGGACCCAUUUGUGGGAGUUCAUCAGGGACAUUCUGCUGAACCCGGAAAGAAACCCAGGGCUGAUCAAGUGGGAGGAUCGGACAGAGGGGGUUUUCCGCUUCCUGAAGUCAGAGGCUGUGGCGCAGCUAUGGGGCAAGAAGAAAAAUAACAGCAGCAUGACCUAUGAGAAACUCAGUCGGGCAAUGAGGUACACAUACAGUAGGCUGUUGUUAGAAGAAAGACUCAAUGCUGCAGAAUCAACUUCCAAUCCUCUGGAUUUGAUUGCGAUGCAGUUUAAUUCCUGCACUUUCAAAAAUAAGCCACCCUUCUUGUUCACAGUGGGGGUUCUGUAGUUAAGUAGAGGGUUUGAAAAUCGCCAUUGAGGACUUAAUUUCACCCUACAUCGUGUCCUAAUCCAAUUAUCUGAAGCAGCUUGCCAGUAAAAGAAACAUGCUUUAACAGCAACAAAAUCUACUUUUAAUGACUUGAGAUGCUUCUAGGUAAUAUCAGUAAGAGUUACACAUAUAAAAAUAAUAAACUUAACAACUUCAAACUCAUUUCCCCAUCACUGAUCACCUCAUAGACUCAUUUAAGAACUGCACCGUGUCCUCACUUUUUUCCCCAAAUGAACUAAAGUGGCCUCUCCUAAGAAAAUCUUCCUGGCUCCUGCAACAGUCUCAGUUUAACAUUCAGAUGAGCUAAUCUAAUGAGCUUAAUUUCAUUGUGGUGCAAACCACUGAGAACUACAAAAUGUGCCCACAGGUAUUGUCACUGUGACCACAAAGCUGAUUUUCUCUUUACUGUGGUGCAGCAGAAGGAUUUGCAGCUCGAUGGCAUCAGCACACAGAUUGGUGGGCUCUAUUAUGAAUAACAAAAGCAAAAGGAAAAACAAGCAAGCUAACUCAGUUUUCUUUCAUCUGGAUUCAUGAGAUUUAACUUGAAGAAAGUUUAAAAUAUAUUUGGAAAUCAAUUCAACAAAGAGCAGAGCACCUCAGGGAACUUGCCGCUCCUCGGAAAAGUUACUUUUGAUCUAUUUGUUGAAAAACAUUGAACGGAAAAUCACAUAUAAAUUUCAAAUUACAUUCAAAUGAUUUAUUUUGAAGUGGUGGAGGCAAACAUGAUUUUACAUUUGAUUAUCAGGAAAUGGCUGUUAUCGUCAAGAAGUGCAGUCAGCAGUACUUUGGCCUACUUUUCAUGAUGCCUGUUUCUUUUAUUCCAACAAAACAGAUUAGAUUUUCUAAGAACUCAGAAAGAAACUGUUUCAAUAUAUUAAAAUCAACAUUAUCAAUCAAUCAAUCAAUCAAUCAAACAAAACUUUAUUUAUAGAGCACUUUUCAUGCAUAGACAUGCAACACAAAGUGCUUUACACACAUAGAAAAAUAGACUCAUAGAAAAAACAAUUACAAAAGAAGCCCUUCCCUCCCACCCUCCAUACUACAAAGACACAUACACAUGCGCACGCACGCACACACACACGCACUUGCACACUCUCACUACAGACAAUAGGGAGACAUGGCAUGACACUGAGGUUUGAGGAAGCACCAUCCUUGGGGCCAUCCACACUGGUAGGAGUCGCAGGCUGUGCCACAGUGGGCACCAGCACCCAGGCCCCCCGACCCUGGCAGACAACAGCCAGCUGGGCCGAAGGGACCCAGGAACAGUGCCCCCAGCAGCAGCCAAGACACAACUCCCAUCAUACAAACAAUUGAGAAUUAUAUAUCCCUUAAGGACGCGAGAAAUAUUAGGGACUAUUUUAGCUGAAGAUUAGGACAAGCAGGAGUGUCCUUUGUGUGGAUAAAUACAACUGUUCCACUCUGUGUUCAGUGGAAACUUUUUUGACUGAGGUGACCAGACUGCAGCACUGACUUUUUAGGGGUGGCCAGACAUGGUGAACCAUAAGGACUAACCCCAAAUCUAGUGGGGGUUUCCCCCACUAAUCACAUCAUCUACUUUAACUUCUAACGUAAAAAUCAUAAAUAUAUAUCUUUUUAUAUUCUUGUAUUUUUUUUACUUUAAAAGGUAUUGGGGGUUGCUGUCUCUUUUAAAAGAUGAAAUAUUGAUAUUGUGUUCAAAAUAAGUAAACAGUAAAACCUUGGGUCAGUCGUCCUUGUUCUCUGGUUGCCACAGGUUAUAAAAUGUAGGAAUACAAAGAAGAGGAAGUAGAUUGCUAACAAGCUAGCUAAAGUUGUCUUCUGGGAGAUGAUUCAGCACUUUUAGUAUACUGAUGUUUGAGAUUUAAAGUGAAUCCAAAAGAAUAAAAGAGCUCUUAAGGCAACUAAUCAACCAAACAUAUUCAGUCAGCUCUCUUUCACUGUAUCAGUAUAAAUGAUAAUCUGACGUUGCAGAAAAUAAAGCAGCCAAAACCUAGAUUAAAAAAAAGUCAAAAUAAAGGCAUGACAAACACUGAUUUAUUGAGGCAGUAUCUUCUCCAAAGACACUGAAUCACUGGGUUGGUGAUAAAUCAAAAAUUCAAAUGUUAUUAGAACUGAAUGAUGACAUGUAACAUGUAUUGUGUUAAAUAGAAAAGUUUUUUUAAGAAAUGUGUUGCUCCAUUCUUGUCUUCUGAUUGAAUGUGUUGUUUUUAAUUGUUAAGUUUUCCAUAAAUACUGCAAUAAUAUUGUUAUAUGGGAUAUUCCAAGGCCAGAACAAUCAUGAGGUGAAAAUCUGAUGUCGUCACAUAUCAAUACGACGUCACAUAUGUGACAUAAUAAGAGCAUGAAAAUAUUUUUACAAACGUAUUUUCCAUCUCUGGUUGACAACCUCUCCAUCUAAAGACCUAAUUUCAAUGUUUUUUAGUAAAAGUUAUAACUGCAGCAAAUUAUUUUGCAUGGUGUGAUGUUUGCAAAAAGGCAUCAUCAGAGAUGCCACAGAGGGACUAGUUUUAAACAGUCGUGACAAUGAAAGAAACGAGAAAACUGCACACAUGCUUAAACUUCAGCUGUUCAACUAAAAGAACUCUAAUAUAAAUGUAUUGGAUUCAUGCAUAAUUACAUUGAACAAAGUAACAAAUGAGGAAGGAAACCAAAUAAUGAAUCUAUUUUCACCCUCAACAAACAAUACCUGUCAUCUUUUCUGUUCAGCUGAAAUGAAAUGUUUGUUUACACUCCAAUAAAUUUAUCUAUCCUGUCUUUUAGAUAUUACUACAAACGAGAAAUCCUGGAGCGAGUAGACGGACGCAGACUGGUUUACAAGUUUGGAAGAAAUGCUCGAGGAUGGAGAGAAUCAGAGUGA